AUGAAUAGUGGGGAGGUUAUAGUCGACUCAGGCACGACCUUGACGCUUCUCGAUCCAACCCUGGUGCAAUCCUUGGUGGAUAAAUUGACGAAGAUCAUCGAUCUCCCGACGGUGCAAGAUCCCGAAGGGCUGUUCAGCCUGUGCUUCGAUGUGAGCGGAACUCGGAAAGCACAAUUCCCGGAUAUCACGUUCGAGUUCGAUGGGGCGGCUUUGACACUGGGCUCGCUCAACACCUUCGUUCUGUAUGACGAGAAUACCGUGUGCCUUGCUAUCGUGCCGAGCAAGCAGUUUGGGAUCAUUGGCAACAUUGCUCAGCAGAACUUCCACAUUGGCUAUGAUCUCGAGAACCAGAAGAUCUCCUUUGCUCCCGCUGAUUGCACCAAGAUCUAA